UGUAAUGAAUACUUAAUAUUUAUGUCUUAUUAUAUCGUAUAUUAUCAUUACAUACAGGUGCAACAAUAUAUAAAUAGGGACCUAUUCUGUAAUCAUUUUGAACAAUCAAAAAAGUUUUCACAAACUUACUCUAUCAUAUUUCCUUUAUUUUACUUUAUCAAUAGCUUUUUGUCUUCUUUCUUUUUGUUAAGAAAAAAUGUUCAAAGUAUUUGUAUUGUUAUUCCUUCUCUGUUGGCAAUUUUGUGAAGGUGCCAUCUUCAAUAAGAUGUGUCCUUCAGUUGUAGCUGGUAAAAGUAUAACUGAUCAACGUUUAAAUCAAGCUCGAUUGAGGACAGGUUGGAGAAAUCAAAACCAGUAUUGGUAUUGUGGUGGAUUUCAUGACCAUUCAGAUGGAAGCUGGAAUAGAAAGAGUAUGCGCAGAGAUAGAGAGGCUGAUAGACAUAUUCAUUUAAGAUUUUCAGUAUCAAACACAGGACAAUGGUCAAAUUGUGUUUUGGACGCACCAAAUGAUAUACCUGAUCUUUCUACAUAUUAUCGUGGUUAUAUACUCUGUUGGAACAGAACAAUGCAAUGGACACAAAGCCAUUAGUUAUAAUGCUUCUUUUUUUUUUCUGCAAAUAAUUUUAAUAAAUUUUGAAUGAUUUACUAAAUUGUUA